GUCGAGAAAACGGACUUUGGCCUACACAUAUCAACAAAAUGACAAGACAAUACGAACACCAGGGGAGGUAACUCCUAGGCGCCUUCGAGCAGGUAAAUGGAGGUUGAGUUACCUCCCAUACAGCAGCACGGUCAAUAUAAGGAACAUCGUUUCGCCAUAGUAAGUCAACACGUUUAUGAUGAUUUUGACAUAAAUCCUUGUGCGAAGAAGAUCAACGAUAGAUAAGAUGCCUAAAGCUGCUAAAGCCAAAGUUGGACAGAAUAAGAAGGUCAUUCACCCAAACAGUAGGAAAGCCUGUCAGCUGGCCAGGCAAGUCCAUCAUGAGGAGAGGGUGGACAGGAGGAAAGAUGAAAGAUACAAGAAGCUGGAAAUGCUCGCUGAAAAGUUGAAACAUUUUCAAAACUGCUUAGAGGAGAAUAAAUCUGAUUACACAAAGCAAGACCUUCUAGAGAUUUUAGAUAAAUACUUCCAUCGGUUUGACAAGGAACUUGAGCAGAUUGCCAUAGUGAAUAGCAUAGGGAGUAGGAAUGGUCAGCGACAUGCAUCACGGGAACAGGUCAUCCGCUUGACACAAGCAAAGGAGAGGGCAGAAUUUGACACAGUUGGGGUUGAAGUUCCUGAUUUGCUCAACAAGAAAAAUCUUACAGCUAUUAGGGAAUGGACGGGAGAAGUACGAUUUAUUCCGAAUCUUAAAUUACGGCGUGUAUUUGCCAAGGACAAGGUAGAGUCGACUCAGUACUCGGAGCAGGCCCAGCUCACCACCACAGACGCUCCAACAACAAACGAUGGCCGGCAUAAUACCUGAUCACAAUAAAUCCUCAUUUUGAACAC